AUGUUUUCAUCGAUUUUUUAUAUAUCAAUUCUUAUAAGUGUUCGGAAGUUGACAAAUCUCACUUCUAGAGUUACAAUAACUCAAGCUGAGAAAUCAAUAAUUUAUCAAACUUUGAUUUUAUUGAUUGUGAAAUCGAUAUCUAUUCCAACGCUUUUAAUCUCAUCUGAACUAUUUGUUGAAAUCGAUUUCGAUUUGAAUUUGGUUUUGAAUAAGGUAAUCUACAUACCGUGGCGAAAUUUCAGAACCAAAAAAAAAUUGUGAUUUCAGAUUUACUACCCCUUAUUUUUCAUUGAUGUGUUAACAACUCCAAUUAUUUUUCAAAUCACAUAUAUUUUCUGCAACAAAACAAAUCUGGAAAACUUGCUGAAAUUGAACUUUAGAAAAUUGAAAACUUGGUUGAUUAUUUGUUGUGGAGCAUCUUCGAAUAGUAUUGAUUACCAAAUUGAGUUGCCUAAUUUGAGCAGUGAUUUGAGUUUGAGUACAACAUAA